UUUUUUUCUUUUCAAAAAUCUGACUAUGAUGAGUUUUAUUGAUUGUAUGGUGGAUCCAAGAACAUGCAUAAAUGUCACCUCAUGUAUUGUACAAUUGGGGAAAACCAUUUUAAAAGUAAGUCCUGGGUCAUCAAAUGCAUCUGGUUCUAGCUCAUCAAAAGAGCAGCAUAAACAACAAUAUCCAGUGCUAGAGGUCAAAUGCAGAAAGCGACAUCGGAGAAAGCAUUUUGAGAACCAAAAACCAUGUCUGAUGAGAGGUGUCUAUUUUAAGACUAUGAAAUGGUAG